AUGCAACAACCUUCUUCUUUUGGCCACCAUCAACAAUCAGGAACUGACUUGGUGUACCAUCAAUACGGUUCUAGGUUUCAAAAUCAAAUGGACCCAGCAAUCAUUCAUAGCCAGCAGCCUAAUAUGCCUCCUAUUGGUUUAAGGAGGAGUCAUGAAAAUAAUUUCCAGGGUAGAGUUGGAAAUGAAUAUUACUUAAAUGGUAACAAUGAAGGGCCAACAGCUACUCAGCAGCCUAAGCUUGCAGCUAUCCCAAUGACAAUCGCAAGAAGUCAGCAGGAGAUGGGAAUCAGUGGUGUCCCAUUUCAAAAUGCUGCACCUAGUCAGAGCAUGCAUAACAUGUACAGUCAUGCAAUAGGUGGUCCACCAUUCUCAAACAAUGCUCUGGUGAAGCCUUCAUACGUAGGACCAACAAGUGUUCCUAGCCUCUCACCAGUUCAAGCUUAUCUUCAACAACAUGAAGUUACUGCAACGGGUGGUAAUGUUCCUGCACCGUUCAUGACAUUUGAAGAUACUGGAUUUCCGCCAGAGAUAUUGAGAGACGUGCGUUCUGCUGGCUUUGCAUCUCCUACACCAAUUCAAGCACAAACAUGGCCUAUUGCUCUUCAGAGUAGAGAUAUAGUAGCUAUUGUGAAAACCGGAUCUGGAAAAAUAUUGGGUUAUUUGAUGCCUGCCUUCAUUCUUCUUAGACAGUGCCGUAAUAAUUCUCAGAAUGCAACAUUGUUGGUUCUAGCUUCAACAAUGGAGCUUGCAACACAAAUACAAGAGGAGGUUUUGAAAUUUGGCAGAGCUUCCAGGGUAUCCUACACGUGCUUGUAUGGUGGAGCUCCAAAGGGUCCUCAGCUAAAAGAACUAGAUCGUGGAGCAUAUAUAGUUGUUGCAACUCCUGGUCGGCUCAAUGACAUACUGGAAAUGAAGAAAAUUAAUUUUGGCCAAGUAUCCCUUCUUAUACUUAAUGAGGCAGAUCGAAUGCUUGACAUGGGGUUUGAACCUCAAAAAAUUGUGAACGAAAUACCCCCACGCAGACAAACUCUUAUGUACACAGCAACCUGA